GACAUGGAGGACAAGGACUACAGCGAGACAGAUGGGCUCUCUGACAAAACAACCCCCAGCAAGACCCAGAAGUCACCCCAGAAAACCACCAAGAAAGUGAAGAGUGCCCUGUGCAGGGUGACCCUGCUCGAUGCCUCUGAGUAUGAGUGUGAGGUGGAGAAACACGCCCGAGGCCAGGUCCUCUUUGACCUGGUGUGUGAGCACCUCAACCUCCUGGAGAAGGACUACUUCGGCCUCACCUUCUGCGACUCGGACAGCCAGAAGAACUGGCUAGACCCCUCCAAGGAGAUCAAGAAGCAGAUCCGCAGUGGGCCCUGGAACUUUGCCUUCACUGUGAAGUUCUACCCUCCAGACCCUGCCCAGCUUACAGAGGACAUCACCAGAUACUACUUGUGCCUGCAGCUCCGUGCGGACAUCAUCACAGGGCGCCUGCCCUGCUCCUUUGUCACCCAUGCCCUGCUGGGCUCCUAUGCUGUCCAGGCUGAGCUGGGUGACCAUGACACUGAGGAGCACGUUGGCAACUAUGUCAGUGAGCUCCGCUUCGCCCCCAACCAGACGCGGGAGCUGGAGGAGCGCAUCAUGGAGCUGCACAAGACCUACCGGGGAAUGACUCCUGGGGAAGCAGAGAUCCACUUCCUGGAGAACGCCAAGAAGCUCUCUAUGUAUGGGGUGGACCUGCAUCAUGCCAAGGACUCAGAGGGCAUUGACAUCAUGCUAGGUGUCUGCGCCAACGGCCUCCUCAUCUACAGGGACCGGCUGCGCAUCAACCGCUUUGCCUGGCCCAAGAUCCUCAAAAUUUCCUACAAGAGGAGCAACUUCUACAUCAAGAUCCGCCCGGGUGAGUACGAACAGUUUGAGAGCACCAUUGGCUUCAAGCUGCCCAACCACCGCUCGGCCAAACGGCUCUGGAAGGUCUGCAUAGAACAUCACACCUUCUUCAGGUUGGUGUCCCCGGAGCCACCCCCCAAGGGCUUCCUGGUGAUGGGCUCCAAGUUUCGGUACAGCGGGCGGACGCAGGCGCAGACGCGGCAGGCGAGUGCCCUCAUCGACCGCCCAGCUCCCUUCUUUGAGCGCUCCUCCAGCAAACGGUACACCAUGUCUCGCAGCCUUGACGGAG